AUGGUCUUCUCCUCCGCCGUCGCUGGGCCUUCGCGCAUCCCCUACAGCGCGGCCACCUGUGCUCACGCACAGGCGGCUGUCCGCUCCUUCUCCUCGUCGGCGUGCACCCAGGCGCCUGGUGGCCGUCGCCCAUUCCGCAACCGCCAGUCGGGCGAGGAAGCGGAGGGAGAGGGUGGUGAGGGCAGGAGGUCGCAGCAGGCGGAGCCUACAAAGGACUUUGGCAUGUGGCUCAAGAACGAGGGUGUCAAGCUCAAGUCGCCUGGACGCUACGAAAAGGCGAGGUGGCUGGGUGGUGAGGUGCCAUUCGCCUCCAACCCUUCCUUCCGUCCCCCUCCCCCUAUCAGCGACGACCUGCAGACCAUCCUGUUCAACGAGGUCCGCUCGGGCAAGCGUACCACCGGCCAGAUCGCACAUGCGUACAGCGUGUCCAAGGCGCGUAUCGACGCCGUCCGCAAGCUCAAGGAGGUCGAGGCCGAGUUCAAGCGCCAGAACCUUCCUCUCCAGCGUGCAUUCCAGGCCGGUAUGGAGUCCCUCCUCGGCGUGCAGUCGAUCCUGGACUCGAAGAAUGUGGCAACCAUGGAGACUAUCCGCAAGGAAGAGCUCCAGCGUUCCCAGCACCCUUCGACUGGUCUUGAGCACGACGAGGAGCACCGCCACGACCACGGCCACAAGGGUGGCGCCUUUGCCAACCACGCCGACCCGGACCAGAGGCCCCAGUCUACCAUUGAGAUGGACGUCUGGGAGUUCCGCGACGAGACCACCGUCAUGGCCGACCGUGUCGCCGCCGUCGAGGCCGUGCGCGCGGAGAAGGCCGCCGAGAAGGCUGCCGAGGAGGCGGAGGCGGCCGACUUUGCUGCCGGCAAGACGGCCAAGAAGGCUGCGCCUGCGGUCGCUUCGGUCGUUGCCAAGGCGGGCAAGACCACGUUCCGCUUUGUUGACACGUCCAAGAAGGAGUAG